AUGUCGACGACUACGCAGGCAGAAAAGGACCCCGUGGAAAUUCUCCAUAACGAAGAUAAGAGUACGGAGAUUGGAGUCGACGUCGACGAGAAAGCCCAACAUGAUGAGCUCCAUUUGGAAUCCUUUACCGCGAAGGAGGAAAGCAACCUCGUGCUCAAACAGGACUUGAUCAUUUUGCCGCUUCUGGCAAUCGCCCUCUUCUUUGGCUACUUGGAUCGCGGAAAUAUUGGAAAUGCACGAAUCCUCGGGAUGCAAAAGGACCUCGACCUCAGCCCUCAACAAUACUACAAUAUUGUCAUGAUGUUUUUCCUUGGGUACAUGGUCGUCGAAUUGCCUGCAGGCAUGGCACUGCGUUACUUCCACCCGCGAUGGGUCUUUGGAAUCGCCGUCCUUGUCUUUGGAGUGGCUGCGGCGUCUGCUUCCCAGGCCAAAAGCUACGCGACCCUGAUGGGCCUGCGUGUCCUCAUCGGGCUUGCGGAAGCUUUUGUCAACAACGCCUACAUCUUCAUUUCACUAUGGUACAAACACUCUGAGCUUGCAUUGAGGACAGCAUUGAUCUAUUCGCUCACACCAGUCGCUGGUGCAUUCAGUGGUAUCAUUUCCUACGGAGUGGGCAAGAACUUGGAGAAUUCUGCCAACAUUCGCGCCUGGCAGUGGCUGUUCAUCAUCGAGGGAGUCAUUACAGUGGGCAUGGGUUUCGUUAUCAUGGCACUCCUUCCUGGGCUGCCGGAAACCGUGUCUAAAAAGGGCCACUUCCCCGGGUUUCGUGACCAAAGACAGCGCCAGCUGAUCCUGGCAAGGUUAAGAUCUUCCCAGAACACCGAGGGUGCCAAGUUCCGCUCCCGACAGGUCUUGAUAGCGCUCAAAGACCCCAAGAUCUUUCUCGGGGCUGCCAUGAUUGGAUGCCAGGGUGUCGGGAUCGGCGCCUUUGGGGUCUUUCUCCCCACAUUCAUCAACGAAUUCGGAUUUGGAGCCUUGGAAACCCAGCUGUAUUCCAUGAUCCCAUACGCAUUCGGACUUGCUGGCCUCCUCGCGGGAUCCUGGCUGGCAGACCGAUUGGGACAAAAGGCCAUGAUGAUCUUGGUGUGCCUUUCGACCACCAUUACAGGCUUCAUCAUCCUGCUGUCUACAACAAACAAGGUCGCCCUGGUCGCGGGGGCCUGCUUUGUGACGACGGGCGCGUACCCGGGCCUGGCUAUCGGCGUGGCGUGGUACCUGUCCUGCCACGGCGGCUACACCAAACGCGCCACGAGCAUCUGGAUAUGCCAGAUCUUCGUGCAGAGCUAUAGCAUCAUCUCGACGCAGACCUACCGUGACCCGCCUCGAUUUAUCCUGGGCCAUGGCGUCUCGCUUGGCCUGUACAGCCUGGGGUUCGUCUGUACAGUGAUCCUGCACCAGAUCUGCAAGCGGGCCAACGCGGCCAAGACGCGACGGGCGCAAGGAUUUGAGGCUGAGGGAACCGAGGAUCCCUUGGCAUCCAGGGAUAUCGAGGAGCUUUGCGAUUAUCAUCCAAAGUACAUGUAUGCAUUGUAG